AAAUGAUAGAUGUGCAUUGUACUGUUCACGCUUCAGUUUGUAAGCACUAGGAAUUGUGACUGCAACCACGCCGAACCCUCACUGCCAAGGCACUUCUAGCACUGCUCAGACCUUGCACACCUUCCUUCUUUUUUGUUGACGCUUCGCAUGGUACAUACCCUCCUAGGUUUUCCGCCUAGUCUUGGGCCACCAUGAGCUCCUUUUCCUUGACGAGUGACGUUGUCAACUAUCUCAUAUACCGAUAUUUGCAAGAGGCUGGCUUCACACACUCGGCAUUCACCUUUGCCAGCGAGAGCCUGGUUACCCGCACCAACAUCGACCCCAACAAUGUUCCACCUGGAUCGCUGGUAACCUUCAUCCAAAAGGGCCUUCAAUACCUUGAAAUUGAGGCGAACCUAGACGCUCAGGAUGGCGAGGUUGAUGGCGACUACAAGCUGCUCACGCCCGAGGAGCUGCUCUCGAACGACGUGGACCAGCUGCGGGCGCUAGUUGCGGAGCGCAAGGAGGAGGACAGCCGACCCAAGGGCCCGCCGCCGGCCGAGAAGACCAAACCCGACCGGGAGCAGCAGCAGCGCGCGCGAGAGAAGGCGGAGCGAGAGAAGGCAGCGGAGCGGUCGGAGAAAGCAGAGCGGGCAGAACGGGCGGAGAAGGCAGCAGCAGAGAAGGCGGAGCGUGAGCGGGAAAAGGCUGCCUCAGUAGCAGCAGCGGCGGCGGCAGCGGCCGCCGCCGCCUCCGCAGCAGUUCCUGCACCCGCCCCAGCAGCAGCGGCGGCGCAGCCCCCUGCGCUCGCCGCACCCGCUGCUGCUCCCGCGCCCCCAGCGGCCCCCGCCACUGUCGCCGUCAAGUCCGAGCCGCGCCCGUCCUCGGGACCCUCCUCGGGUCCCACCCCCAUGGAGGAGGACACGCCACCCGCCCCGGGGGGCCCGCCCAGCAGCGCCGCAGCCCCCGCAGCAGCCGCAGCCGCCACAGCACCCCCAGCAGCCCCAGCAGCAGGCGGGGUGAGCGGCGGCAGCAUCGAGGUGGCUGCCAGCAGUGUGGUGACGCUGAACGGACACGACAGCGAGGUCUACAUCUGCGCCUGGAGCCCGGUGGAGCCGCUGCUGGCGUCAGGCUCCGGCGACUCCACCGCCCGCAUCUGGAACCUCUCCACCUCCGCCGCCGCGGGGGGGUCGGGUCGCUCCGUGGUUCUGCACCACGAGGCCAAGCAGGACAAGACGCAGGGCAAGGACGUCACCACGCUGGACUGGAACGCGGACGGCUCGCUGCUGGCAACCGGGUCGUACGACGGGCUGGCGAGGAUCUGGGGCAAGGACGGCAAGCUUCGUCAGACGCUAGACAAGCACCAGGGCCCCAUCUUCGCGCUCAAGUGGAACAAGCGCGGCGACCUGCUGCUGAGCGGCAGUGUGGACAAGACGGCGAUCGUGUGGGACGCCAAGACGGGGGAGGCGAAGCAGACGUUUGACCUGCACACGGCCCCCACCCUCGACGUGGACUGGCGCAACAGCACCUCCUUCGCCACCUGCUCCACCGACAAGCUCAUCCACGUGUGCAAGCUGGGCGAGAGCCGAGCCGUGAAGACGUACGCGGGGCACGACGACGAGGUGAACGCCAUCAAGUGGGACCCCAGCGGCCGGCUGCUGGCCUCCUGCUCGGACGACAAGACGGCCAAGGUGUGGUCCCUCAGCAGUGACAAGCCGGUGCAGGACUUCCGGGACCACCAGCGCGAGAUCUACACCAUCCGCUGGAGCCCCACCGGCCCGCAGUCUGCCAACCCCAACAUGCCGCUGCUGCUGGCGUCCGCCUCCUUCGACACCACCGUGCGGCUGUGGGACAUCGAGGCGGGGCGCGCCGUGCAGUGCCUGCAGAAGCACGUGGAGCCGGUGUACAGCGUGGCCUUCUCGCCGAAUGGCAAGCUGGUGGCCACCGGCUCGUUUGACAAGUGCGUGUAUGUGUGGAGUGUGGAGGAGGGUGUGCUGGUGCGGUCGUUCAAGGGGGAGGCGGGGAUUUACGAGGUGUGCUGGAACAGGGAGGGCACGCGCGUGGCGGCGUGCUUUGCCAAC